AUAUCAUUAGUCUUACAAUCUAACUCUUAAGCUAUUAUUUAAGAGGAACUAGCUAGAGACACAAAGAGUGCCCAAGGCUUCCAUUUUUGAUAACUUUGGGUAGCAAGGCAAUGUCGAAGAGCGUCUCACAGGUCAUAACAUGCAAAGCGGCGGUGUGUUGGGGAAUUGAGGAACCGGUGAAGUUGGAGGAGAUACAAGUAGAGCCGCCAAAAUCAUCUGAAGUUCGCGUCAAAAUCCUAUAUGCUAGUUUGUGUCACACGGACAUCUUAUGCAUCAAAGGCUUCCCAAUUCCUCUUUUCCCUCGAGUUCUAGGACACGAAGGUGUUGGUGUGGUAGAGAGCGUCGGAGAGGAAGUAAGAGAUCUGAAAGAAGGAGAUUUUGUCAUUCCAACCUACGUUGGCGAGUGCAAAGAGUGUGUGAAUUGUUUGUCGGGAAAGACCAACCUGUGCCUCAAAUACCCUGUGCCAUUAACCGGUCUGAUGCCCGACGACACUUCAAGAAUGUCGGUGAAAGGCAAGACGCUUUACCAAGUUUCUAGUUGCUCCACAUGGUCGGAGUACAUGGUUGUCGACGCUAAUUACGUUGCCAAGCUUGAUCCGAGUAUAGCUCUACCUCAUGCUAGCUUCCUCUCCUGUGGAUUUUCCACCGGAUUUGGGGGUGCGUGGAAGGAAGCUGCGAUUGAAAAAGGAUCAACGGUCGCUGUUCUUGGCCUCGGAGCCGUUGGAUUAGGGGUCAUAGAGGGGGCUAGAAUACAAGGGGCAGCAAAGAUAAUUGGCAUUGACAAAAAUGAGAGAAAAAAAAUAAAGGGAAAAGCUUUUGGAAUGACUGAUUUUAUAAACCCUGAUGAAUCUGGCAAGUCCAUUUCUGAGCUUGUCAAAGAGGUAACCGGUGGAAUGGGUGUCGAUUAUUGCUUCGAGUGUACCGGUAUCGCACCCAUCAUCAAUGAAGCUCUCCUAGCCACAAAAAUGGGAAAAGGACAAACGUUAGUAAUUGGCACAGGAACUCAUUCGACAGUGGAGAUUAAUUUCCUUCCCCUCUUGUUUGGUGGAAAUUUGAAGGGAUCCAUUUUUGGAGGGAUCAAAGCCAAAACUGACCUUCCUUUUAUAAUCGACAAAUGCAAAAAUAAGGAAAUCCCACUUGAAGAACUUUUGACUCACGAAGUUUCACUGGAAGACGUCGAUAAAGCGUUUGAACUAAUGAAGCAACUUGAUUGUGUGAAGGUCCUCAUCAAGCUAUGAUUAAUCCUAGCAAUGACACGCACGGGCGCUGGAUGCCUUGCUGUCGGAUGCCUUUGCUCGGCAGGCCAUUGGAGUUGCUGAUUUUUGAGUUUUUUUUUUUUUUUUUGUUUUAUUUUGUUGCUUGGGUUUUAGUCUCCCUUUAGGAGAGACACUUGUAUCUGAAUUUCAGUUGAUGCCUAUCUUUUCUGCAAUCUCAAAUUUGGACUAUUGGACUAUUUCAGUGCUUCUACCGCUUCAAUUAUCUUCAAUUAGUUGUUGUUGUUCAUAAGUAGAAUUACAGAUGGGCUUGCUUUACUUUGUACCCU